GACUCUGCCUUUCUAAUUAGCUAGCUAACAAGCUUAGUUAAUAGAUAGUAUAGUUUCAAAUGUUAUACGUCAGUUGUGGAAUGGGAAAUAUGCAGAUGGCCUUACCAACGGAUUGACAAGUAAUAAUAACAUAAAAGCAAYCUUAUUGUUGCUAAUGCCUCUACCGGAAAGCGAUUCACUGAAGUGUAYACUCGAUUGUUUGAUAACAGUGUUGAUGAUUAUGAGUGGAGCUCUUCAAAGCGGUGCUUAAUAAAUUAGUCCUAUCCUAACGUCAUUUCACAGAAAUAAGAAUCAGGAUAUGAUACAACAGACUAAUUCUGUCUGCCAUAUUUUUCAAGGCGAAGUUUUGGAAGACGAUUGCAGUAUUUUUAGUGAAGAUUAAUCCUGAUUCUGAUUCCUGAUUAAUCCUGCUGCACGAUGGAUGGAAAURGAUCAAUCCUCCAAUGGUACAAAGACCAAGUGAAAAGAGCCGUCGAGAAAGGCAACAAAGACGAAGAGAUUUCUUCCCGAGACAGCCUUGGCCAAGUAUAUAUAUCWCUAGAACAGUUCAUUGAAGCAAUUCAAUGUCACACGAGAGUGGCAAAUAUUGCCAUAGAGUUAGGGCUARGUAUUCAAGAGGGAAGAGCAUAUUAUAAGAUAGCUCACUCACAUAGCUCGUUAGGUAAUUACAAGAAGGCGAUAGAGUAUUACCAGAAGUGCCUUCACAUAUUGCAAGGGAAGGGUGACAGUGACAUAGAAAGAAUGGCAUAUUGCAACCUAGGAAAUACUUACUUUGUAAGUGGCAAUAGCCAGCAAGAUUACAGCGAGUCGAUCAAAUAUUUAGGAAAAAGCCUUUCCAUGGCAUCUGAGGCAAAGGAUGUUUACGUAGAGGCUAGGGCAUGUUACUAUUUAGGUAAUUCCUAUGUAGCAUUAGGAAAAUAUGAGGAAGCGAUCUCAUACUAUGAAAGAAGCCUGCGCAAYGAUGGCAAGKCAAGAAUGAUUUAUCGUCUGAUYGGAAAUGCAUACUUUCAGCUUAAAAASUAUCAAGAAGCAAUCAAAAAUCACCAUAACAGCCUAGAGUCCGCUAUGAGGUAUGAAGAUAAAGAGGCACAGAAAACAGCCUACUUGGACUUAGGAAUCGACAGUCACGUGAUGCGAAAGUAUGGCAAUGCAGUGUCCUAUUUUCAAMAGUACCUGAAYAUGGCUAAAAYACUAAGAGAUAGGAAAGGAGAAGUAGAGGCACACAGAUUCAUGGGAAAUGCUUAUUUUGAAUUGCAGAAAAAUGAGGAAGCGUUGAGAAGUCACCUAAGUAGCUUAAGUACAGCAGUAAAAAUAGGAGACCAAUAUGGAGAGGAAUGCGCAUAUGCAAACAUGGGAAUUGCUUACCACAAGUUACAAAGAUAUCAAGAGGCCAUAGGUUGUUAUGAAAGACGAUUGAACGUUGCUGUGCAUAAAGGGGACAGGAAGGAGGAAAUAAAGGCGAGCAGCAAUAUAGCCAGGGCGUACACUGCUUUACGAAAUUAUGAAAAAGCAAUCGUAUAUCACAAGAAAACUCUCCAAAUAUCGAAAGAAAUUGGAGACACUAGUGAGGAAGCAACAGCGUACUCUAAUAUUGCAGAGCUAUUCUCUUUGUCAACCAAUUACAAGGAGGCUCUUGAAUAUUACAAGAAAUAUCUCCAAGUGGCUAUUGAAAUGGAUGACAAAGAGAGUCAACGCAAGGCAUACAACAUUAUGGGAGACUUAUAUGGGAAAAUGAAUCUCCACAAAGAAUCGAUUGAAUGCCUUGAAAGGGAAUUGGAAAUUGUUGUCGAGAACGGCGAUGCGCCAGCAGAGGCCGAAGUGUAUUGCAAUCUGGGAAAUGAUUACGUUGCCAUAGGUAGAUACCAGGAAGCUUUCCAAAGGUAUAACAAAUGCCUUACCAUUGCCUUAGAAUAUGAGGACGAACAGCUGCAGGAGCUAGUGUAUUGCAACAUAGGCAAUGCAUAUUGGGUGCUAGGAAAUCAGCCUGAAGCUGACAAGUAUUACCGAAAAAGUUCAGACAUAGCAAUAAGGAGCAGAGAUCCAGAGGCAGAAGCAAGAGGAUACUGUAUUCUAAGUCGUAUCAGUAGCAAUUCUGGAGAUUACAAAAAGGCACUAGAAUACAGCAAAAGACACCUUCAAUUGAUUCAAUUGCUAGGAAAUAAGCAUACGCAAGUGCUUGCAUACCACGACGUCGGCAGGAAUUCCUUUUUAACUGGAAAAUAUCAAGAUGCCAUGCAAUUUCUUGAAAAAAGUGCAAACAUAGCGAACGAAAUCGGUGACAAAAAGGCAGAAGGAGAAGCAUAUGAAUACUUAGGAUAUGUCUAUCAAGACUACAUCAAAAACUAUCGAAUGGCUGUCCACUAUCAUACAGCACAUCUCAACAUCGCUACGGAUAUUGGUGACAAAAAUGCAGCUGGAAAAGCCUGCAGAAACCUUGGAACUGCUUUCCUCUUUCAGUUUCUUAGAAGAAAAGUCGUCCAAAACAAGGAAAAGGCAGAAAACUACCUUAAAGAGAGUCUAAAAUGGUACGACUUGCUUUUUCAAGACAUUGGAGAACAAGAUCAACAUAAGGUCAAUUUGGUUGAUACCUUAGUCUACACACAGAAACUACUUGUGGAAUUCUACAUCGAAACUGGACAACCUGAAAGAGCACUGCUGGUCUCGGAGCAAGAACGAGGACGUGCUUUGGAAGACCUUUUGACGGGAAAAUACAAGAUAGACAAGAACGUCGAUACACAUUACGACUUCCUUGGAUAUGCUGACAUCGUCAACAAAGUACUUUCUCGAAAUUGUUCUAUCUUGCUUUUCUCUGAUCUUAUGAAAAUGAGAAGAAGUAAUUCUGAAUUGCAAGUUGGAACAUGGGUUCUUGAUUUGGACAAUCGUCCUUCCUUUUAUCGCAACGAGCUUAAAGAAAUCAAAGAAUUACUAAAGGCAAAAUCUCUCGAGGAAGACAUAGAUCAGGACAGCAAGGACGUCCUUCAUGACGUAGUUGAUAUAACCUACAAUACGAUGUCUGCUAGAGGAUCAACAGAUGKAUCAACAGCUGAGAAUCGAUCAUUCAGCCAAUAUUUAAUUGGUUCGCUUGACAAUGAUGAAGGCUCGUCCCAAGAACUUGAGACCAGCAAGAGAAAUACUUUUGAUGAAGAACUUGACGACCAUUACUUUGAAGUGCUCUUUGAUGCACUUAUCACUCCAGUACAGGACGAGCUUACCCACGAAGAAAUCGUCAUCAUCCCCGAAGGAUCUUUGUUCAAAGUCCCUUUUGCAGCUCUACGAGACCCAAAGACGCACAGGUAUUUGUCAGAAACAAAAUGUAUUCGCAUUGCUCCCUCUCUUACCACCUUAAAGAUCCUGAAAGAAUCCUCAGCAGAAUCGCACUUCAUGAAAGGUGCGAUCAUCGUUGGUGAUCCUGACGUCGAGGGGAAGAGAAUGUUGAAAGGCAAGGAAAGAUAUUUUAAUCCAUUACCAAAUGCUCGGCUCGAAGCUGAAGAGAUUGGUUGUAUUCUUGGUGUGAAUGCACUAUUAGGAGCACAAGCAACCAAGCAAACUAUCAAGGAACGGCUCAUGGAAGGUGUUGCUGUCAUUCACUUUGCAACACAUGGAUGUGCAGACAGUGGAGAAAUAGUACUCAGUCCACCCGGAUCUCUUAAGGGAACACAAACCAUACCUUCAGAGGACGACUAUCUGUUGACAAUCAGCGAAGUGCAAGAAAUUGGAUUACGAGCAAAACUUGUUGUGUUGAGCUGUUGUCAUGAUAGGGGUCGUGAUGAAACYAAGUCAGAUGGAGUGAUUGGAAUGAGUCAAGCGUUUCUUGCUGCCGGUGCCCUUGCAGUUGUAGCGUCCUUGUGGGAUGUAGAUGACGAGGUUACGAGAGUGUUCAUGCAAAAGUUCUACAYGCAAUUGAAACAAGGRAARAGCGCAAGUAAAAGUCUCCAGCAAGCCAUGAAAGAAAUGAGAGAGAUGGUGCAAUAUCAGCAACCRAGUUUCUGGGCUCCUUUUGUCCUGAUAGGUGAUGAYGUGACUGUUAGCCUGUGAGUUUUAUUAACUUUUUUAGAYAGUAAAGACAAUUCAUUACAUAAUGUAAUCUUUAGAUUUUAUUGAUUGACUGCUUAUGAACAAUUUUUAUUUUAAUUUAAUCUUAAUUUUACCUUUGAAUAUUUCAUUAGCCAGCUUUAACAUUCCUGUAUAUCAAGUACAAAAGAAAACACUAAAACCAUAAAAACUUUACUACCAUGAAAUAGUGCUAAAUUGUAACGAGUUAGAGCGUUUUUCAUCGGACUAUAAACAAUUAUUAAUAUUCAGUGUAAAGAGAGUGCAAUAGUCACACUCCAAAAAGAAACAUUGUUUGGUUUAAUGACUUAGGGUCCUCCAGUGUUUAUUAGCUUAGUAACCAGUGAUAUCUAGACUAUAUUAUUAGCUUAGUAACCAGUGAUAUCUAGACUAUAUUAUUAGCUUAGUAACCAGUGAUAUCUAGACUAUAUUAUUAGCUUAGUAACCAGUGAUAUCUAGACUAUAUUAUUAGCUUAGUAACCAGUGAUAUCUAGACUAUAUUAUUAGCUUAGUAACCAGUGAUAUCUAGACUAUAUUAUUAGCUUAGUAACCAUGGUGAUAUCUAGACUAUAUUGCACCAUUUAGCACUAUUUGGGUAGUGCGUUUUCACGCUUUUUGAGUAUAACCGAUAGAUAGCUUGACAUAUGGUUAUAUUUUUCAGUUACAAUCAGAUUUAUGUCGUUUUUAACAUUGUGUAAAUUAAAUGUUUAUAAAAAAACUAAAGUCUCAAUAUGGGUUA